AUGCGGUAUUUAAAGCGCGCUAAAGUGCUCGCCCCAGCACAUCAUAUUGCUGCAAGAUGCUAUCAUCACACAGAUGACCAUACUGUAGCACUAAAAGCCCAAAACGAAAAGAGCGGCGAAAUUCAACGUGACACAAAGCGAGCAUUAGAAGAACGUCUUCGCUCACAAGAAGAGCACACAGAAGCACUCAACAAACAAAUACUGACCGAUCGCGCAAAGCAAAAGGAGCGAUUCCAAAAAGUGAACGAAGCGUUAGCUGCUCUUGAACAUCAUUUGGAACUUGGCAACAAUAAAAUGGACACGAUUAUAAACUCGGAAAUA